GCUUCCAUUAGGCAUGGGCUUGAUGCUAAGUGCUAACGCUUUUACAAAGAAAGGGAUGUGGAGAAUCAAAACCAAGUUGAUGACUUUCUCUAUAUAAACCCCAUCUCAUCCAACGUGAGACUCUUACCAGUUAUUUCUGGUUCUUUUCCUCUUCUUUUGCAAAACUCAAAUAGCUUUUCCUUUACCUUUCUUCUUUUCUAGGUGAUCCCCUCACGAACUGGCUGACAAACAGGAAAAAAUUCUGGAGGAAACCAACAAGAACCAAGAGGUGGUUCUGGCCCUCUAUGAGGCCUUAAGGACUCGAGACGUUGAAACUGUUCACCAAAUUCUUGCUCCUGACCUUGAGUGGUGGUUCCAUGGCCCACCAACCCACCAGUUUAUGAUGCGCCUUCUCACUGGAGCUUCAUCAGACGACUCUUUCCAUUUUGAGGUUGAUCCACGUUCACUUUCCACCUUUGGGUCCACCGUUAUUGUUGAAGGUUGUGAUCAAAGUCGCUCGAUCUCUUGGGUUCACGCUUGGACUGUUACGGAUGGGAUAAUCACCCAGGUGAGGGAGUACUUCAACACUUCUCUCACUGUUACUCGCCUUGGAAACUCUAGCCAAUCUCAAAACUACGAUUCAUCAUCACCAUCAUCGUCUUCUACGUCACCGUUAACGGCUGAGAUUACCCCUGUGCAUUGCCCUUACGUCUGGGAGAGCAGUUUCUCCAACAAGGUUGGAAAGUCUGUGCCAGGUCUUGUCCUGGCAAUUUAGUCAUUUCAGUAUCCUCUCUCUGUGAUCAGGUGCAGCCCUGAGUAGGGCAACAUAGUACGAUAAAUAAAAAGGUGCAUGCGUGUCAGCUCCUUAUUGGUGUCCUACACCCUGUUAGGACAGAGAGAGAUCAGAGAUAAUGUAUGGAGAUUUGUGGGUCCAACAUGGGAAGACCUACUUGUUCUUCUCACUCGACUCUCUAUGACGUAAGCUAUUUCCGUUGUGCAAUAAAAGUGUGGUACCUUGAUUUUCAUGAUUGGAUUUCAAGCAUUUGAUUCAAUAAUAAUAAUACAUGAAUGUUUUAUUUGUGGAAA